AUGGAAGAAGUCAAAGAGAAACUGAGGGCGGCUGUAGGGCAACGUCUUCGGGAGCUGGAUUGCUCGCUCAUUAGCCAAGGACUAGUGGAUUAUGUGAUGUUGCUGGAAUCUGGCGAUCGCUCGAAGGAAGCUAUGAAAGAGCAGCUUCAAGUAUUCCUCGACGAGAACACCCACGUUUUUGUCGAAUGGCUAUUCGACGUUAGAGUGCGCCUUGGGUUUAUGUGGCGCCACCCGGCACAAGGCGGGCACGCGCUCGAGAACGUUGGUGAGGUGUCUGGUGAGAAGCGGAAAACGGUGUCGACUGAGGUUGGGAGCACUUCAAAGUCUGAAAAGGAGCAUGUAGAGGAUCGUCCGGAACAUAAGCAGGAGGGAUCGCUGAAGGUUUUGGAUCAACAUGCCGUUCAGAAGAGCCCGGUUGUCAAGGAACGUGCUACUGACAAGAAGGAAGAGGACUUUCACGAUAUCGAAAUUGCCCAAGGCAAGGAGAGGCAUAGCCAGGAAGACCACCGCCAGGAAAGUCGUCGAAAGCGCACGGCCGAGAAAAUGGACUAUGAUUACGGUAGUCGCCGACGUGAUGAGGGACGCAGGGACGAUCGUUACAAACGUGAACCCGAAAACCGGCGCCGUCGAAAUGAAAGUGAAAGCAGACAUGACCACCGAGCUGCCACUGACCGAAAAUUUGGAAAAGUCGUACCUGGAGCUGAGAACGGCAAAUCUCGGCAGGUAUUCUCAUCGCGUAGUGACCAUGCCAUCAAGACUCGCCUUUCUGACGAGUCGCGGAAUGGAGCAUCUGGUUCCACUUCGGCACCUACUCUGAAAUCGCGUGUGGUCGUGAAGAAGCGUGAUGACGAACCACCGGCUAUCAUAUCGAAAUUCUACUCGACCUCUCCCAUUUUUGAACGCAGAGUGUCAAAACGUGCAUCGCAACUCACCGACCCGCAGGAGAAUGUCGAAGUUGGAAUCGAGGAUGUCGUCCAGUCUGUGGUCCACAAGCGUGUCGCGCCCGUCCAGACAAUUUUCACCGUCACUCUAAACCGGAAACGCAAGUCCACAUCCGCCGAAGACGUUGAACGCGAUAAAGAAGAGCACCGUCGAAGCGCUUCCGUGUCCCCCAAGAAGCCAAAACUGCCGGAAGAGAGCGAACCUGUUUCUACGAUCCAAAAUGAUGCGACACCCGAUGAGGAUCAUGAACAAAUCGAGCAGCAAAGUGCCUGGGACGGCACCAUUGAUUUGGAUGAUAGCAGUGACGAUGAAGUAGCUAUUGAUGAUCUCAUUGCCAAGGCGCAGCAGCAAAACACGCAACAUCCCUCUGGCUCACUACCCGCAACGGCUCAACAGAGCAACUCUGAUGUCGUUGUGACAAAGCUCGUCAUCGCUCAGCCCAAGCAGCCGAAAUCUUCUACCAGCUCUCACGUGCGCAACAACAAGGUGCCCGCUAGCUCACAACCGGCAAGGGCGCAGCAAAGCAACUCUGACGUCGUGGUCACGAAGGUAGUGAUCGCUCGCCCCAAGCCGACACCUGUUCCUACCCGCCCUCAGGACCCACGAAAGAAGGUGCGCUGUAUGAACUGGCCCGAUUGCCCAUUUGACUUGAUGUGUCAUUUCCACCACCCAACGACCGUAUGCCGAAACUAUCCCCAUUGUCUACAUGGGGCAAACUGCUUCUUCGCGCAUCCCCCAUGCGAGUUCAAGUCGGCGUGCACACGCCGAAACUGCAUAAAGGUUCACUCGCAGACCGGCAACUAUCCACCAGUGGUACUCCGAACCGUUGAUGAAUGUAUCGAGGCGGGCAUCAACGUCUACGACCCGCGUAUCGAGGCCAUCGUCGGCGUCCGACGUGACCGAUGGGACAUGACGCCGCGCUACGACUACCUC